AUGGAGUUCGAAGAGGUGCUCCCGGGCACGCGCCGCCUGUUCGAUGCUGAAGGGGCGCCGCUAUCUGCCGAGUUGGGCCUGAAAAAACAUGGCGACAUCGUCCUGGUGCCUCAGCCGACCGAGUCGCCGAAUGAUCCUCUCCAUUGGUCGCUGCCUCACAAAUACUGGCAUAGUUUCCUGGUCUGUUUUGUGACCGCCCUGACCGCGGCCACCUCGAACGAUGCCGGCGCGGCGCAGUAUAACGAGAACCUCGAGCUCGGGAUCAGCUAUUCUUCCUUCAAUACUGGAGCCGGCAUAUUGUUCAUCGGGAUUGGCUACUGGACAUUGCUCUCGUCUCCGGCUGUCUACCUGUACGGACGUCGAAUCCUGUACCUUAUCGGGAUGCUAUGGGGGGUCAUUGGGAGUAUCUGGUUUGCGAGAGGUCAAACCACUAGUGAUGCUCUUUGGAAUCAGCUUUUCGUUGGUGCAUCCGAAUCGGUGGCCGAAGCGACCGUUCAAUUGUCGUUGAUGGAUCUUUGGUUCCAGCACCAGCGUGGUUCGGUCCUUGGUGUUUACGUGCUGGCCACCAGUAUCGGAACAUACUUGGGGCCACUGAUUGCCAGCUAUAUCGCUGAUAGCAGCCUCGGCUGGAGAUGGAUCGGCUGGUUCGGGGCCAUCUUCUCCGGUUCAACCUUCCUAGUCUUUCUUUUCGGACUGGAAGAAACCACUUUCCGACGAGAGAGGUACUUUAUCAAUGAUGGCGACCGGUAUCUCAUCGAUGGUGUUAACGGGAACCACAGCGAGAGAUCUGCGAGUGUGGCAGCAGAAGUCCACGACAAAGAGAAGGUUGCUGGUGCUGCUGAACAGACGAACACUUCAGUCAGCAUGGAACAGCAGCGCAGUUCUGGUAGGGACGAAAAGCCCAAAUCAUAUUGGCAGCGCAUCGCCAUCAUUACUCCCGCCCCGAAUCUACGGGGAACAGGGUUCAAGCAAUAUUUCCAACGCCUAUUUCACACCCUGCGCGUUUUCACCUUCCCCGCCGUCAUAUAUUCUGGUUUGCAGUGGGGGGCGCAAGAUGCCUGGCUUACCUUCUAUUUGACUGUCGAGGAGGACAACUGGUACGAGGCUCCGUGGUACUAUACCGAUGCCGAGGACGGUAACAUGAAUAUCCCUACCCUCAUUGGAGCGGUGAUUGGUUGUUUCUACGGCGGAUGGCUGAGCGACAAAUUCGUGCUCUGGAUGACCAAGCGUAACGGCGGUGUCAUGGAAGCUGAACAGCGCCUGUGGCUCAUGCUACCUUGCGCCUGCAUCUUCCCUACGGGGAUGUGGAUUUUCGGUAUUGGCAGCGCUCACGGAUGGUCAUGGCCUGCUCCCUACGUCGGUCUCGGUUUCAUUGGAUUUGGCUGGGGCUGCGCCGGCGAUCUAAGCAUGGCAUACCUGAUGGACGCCUAUCCGGACAUGGUCCUCGAGGGCAUGGUGGGCGUUGCCACAAUCAACAACACCAUUGGAUGUAUAUUUUCUUUUGUGACGUCCCAGUGGAUUGAUGCCAGUGGUGUUCAGAACACCUUUAUCGCCAUUGGCGUUUUGGCCUUUGUCUUCAUCAUGACCACUGUGCCGAUGAUUAUCUGGGGCAAGAAAGCUCGGCGCUGGACGAGGAAUAGGUAUCACACCUUUUUGGAGAUUCGUGAUGGUUUUGGGAAUUGA